GGUUAAAGAAAGACUAGCUCGGCCAUGUGGAUGUGUCUGUUGAACAGCUGAAGGGGGGUACAGCCUACAGAGAGAGAGAGAGAGAGAGAGAGAGAGAGAGAGAGAGAGGGAACGUGGAAUGUGUGCAUAUGAAAGGGGGAGCGAGGAGGAGGAGGGGGAGAGCGUGUGUGUGGAAGAAGAAGAAGAAAAAAAAAGGAAGCAGAGGCUGUGAACGAAAGGCGAACUUAAUGAUUUCCUACCUUCCCGAACUAGACCUCUCAAUCUAACCGAGAUACUUUUCAACGCGCAAGAUAAAGGAACUACACCACGGCGGAAAAAAAAGGGGAAACGAAGGCAAACCGUGGGUGUGUUUUCUGAGAAGAAAAAAAGGCUGCCUCGACGAUUUGUACGUGAUUACAUGAUCAAAGUGAGUGCAGGCCGUCUUUUGUUGAGGCAAAGAGUGGCGGUUUUCCUGUGUAGCAGCUAAAAGGAUAAAAGUGUAUGUACCGGAUUUGUUUCAACCCUCUGGUUUCUUGGACUUGGCUCAGCACACGGAGUUCAUUCUGCAUGGUUGUCCUUGGCGAGGAUCUGCUUUUUUGAAGUUGUUUGCGGCGGUUGCUUUGGAAGUCUAGAGUCAGCAGACUGGCGGCUUUUCUGGAACACUGGGGUUGUUGGUGUGGCUGAAUUUUCCCUGGAUUUGAUUGGUCAAUUCAGAAGACUGAAGCCCAGGCUGACAGUCUACCUUUCACGGAGGCCCAGCCGUGAGAGGACUGAGGAAGGCACGUGGCGAAUCAUGACCGCGGACAAAGACAAGCCAGACAGGGAGAAGGACAGGGACAGAGACCGAGACAGGGAGAGGGACAGAGAGAGGGACAGAGACCGGGACAAGAGGGACAAAGCGUCCAGGGAGAGCGAGAGCUCUCGACCGCGCCGCAGCUGCACGCUGGAGGGCGGAGCUAAGAACUACGCCGAGAGCGAGGACGAGGAUAACGAGAACGGCGGAGGGGCUGGAGGAGUAGGCGGGGUCAACAUGGGGAUGGGGGAGGAGUCAGGGAAGAAGGGAAAGAAGAAGAUGAUCAAGAAGAAGUCGAGGUAUGAACGGAUGGAAAACGGAGAGAUCACUUCCUUCAUUACUGAAGACGACGUUGUUUACAGACCUGGCGAUUGUGUAUAUAUGGAGAGCCGCAGGCCCAACACUCCCUACUUCAUAUGUAGUAUUCAGGAUUUUAAACUGAGUAAACGAGACCAUCUGUUACUCAGUGUUAAAUGGUAUUAUCGUCAGUCAGAGGUCCCUGACUCAGUCUACCAACACCUGGUGCAGGAUCGCAACAAUGAGAACGAUUCUGGCCGGGAGCUGGUCAUCACAGACCCAGUGGUCAGGGGCAGAGAACUCUUCAUCUCCGACUAUGUGGAUACAUACCAUGCUGCUGCCCUCAGGGGGAAGUGUAACAUUGCCCAUUUCUCCGACAUCUUUGCUGCCAGGGAGUUCAAAGCUCGCAUCGACUCCUUUUUCUACAUCCUGGGAUACAAUCCAGAGACCAGGCGACUAAACAGCACACAGGGGGAGAUCAGAGUUGGGCCCAGUCACCAAGCCAAGCUUCCUGAGCUGCAGCCCUUCCCCUCCGAGGCCCCGGGGGGCCUGGGUCAGGCUGUAACAGAGAAUGAGGAGCUAGUGUGGAUGCCAGGGGUCAACGACUGUGACCUGCUCAUGUACCUCAGGGCUGCAAGGAGCAUGGCUGCCUUCGCUGGGAUGUGUGACGGAGGUUCUACAGAAGACGGUUGCUUAGCAGCCUCGCGAGACGACACCACACUCAACGCACUUAACACGCUCCAUGAGAGCAGUUAUGAUGCAGGCAAGGCCCUACAGCGGCUGGUGAAGAAGCCUGUUCCAAAACUCAUAGAGAAGUGCUGGUCAGAGGACGAAGUGAAGCGGUUCAUUAAAGGGCUCAGACAGUACGGCAAGAACUUCUUCAAGAUUCGGAAAGAGCUGCUACCCAACAAGGAAACGGGUGAGUUGAUAACCUUUUACUACUACUGGAAGAAGACUCCUGAAGCAGCGUCGUCCAGGGCCCACCGUAGACACCGUCGCCAGCCUGUGUUCCGACGCAUCAAGACUCGUACCGCCUCCACCCCCGUCAACAUCCCGUCUAGACCACCCUCCUCAGAGUUCUUAGACCUGAGUUCAGCCAGUGAAGAUGACUUGGACAGUGAAGACAGUGAGCAGGAGUUGAAGGGUUACGCCUGUCGACACUGUUUCACCACCACCUCUAAGGACUGGCACCACGGUGGCAGAGAGAACAUCUUGUUGUGUACAGACUGUCGUAUCCACUUUAAGAAGUACGGUGAGCUGCCUCCCAUCGAGAAGCCCGUGGACCCGCCUCCGUUUAUGUUCAAACCCGUCAAAGAGGAUGAGGAUGGACUCAGUGGGAAACAUAGCAUGAAGACCCGACGCAACAGAGGAUCGAUGUCGACGCUCCGUAGUGGCCGUAAGAAGCAGACAGCCAGCCCUGAUGGACGAGUGUCUCCAACCAAUGAGGACCUCCGGUCUAGUGGCCGUACCUCCCCCUCCGCAGCCUCCACAGACAGCACUGACAGCAAGACAGACCCCAUGAAGAAACCCAGCAAGAAGAUCAAGGAGGAGUCUCCUAUGAAGUGUGCCAAACGCCAACGAGAGAAAGGAGGAGCCUCGGACACCGAGGACACGGACAACAGGACAAUCGCCAAAAAGUCCAAGACCCAGGAGCUGGGUCGGUCCGACUCACCGUCGGAAUGCGAGGGCGAGAGCUCCGACGGGCGUAGCGUCAACGAGGAGUGUAGCAGUGACGCUAAAGACAUUGACCAGGACAACCGCAGCUCCUCACCCUCCAUCCCCAGCCCCCGAGACGGGGAGAGUGACUCGGACUCCUCCGCCCAGCAACAGCUGCUCCUACUGCAGAGGAGGGAGAGAGAGAGGGAGGGGCAGUCGCAGCACCCUCUGGUUAUCCAGUCCUGUCAGCCAGGGUCCUCCGGUGGUCGCUCCACCACCCCUCCGUUACCUCCCACGUCCUCCUCAGCCCCCUCACUGGUCCCCCAGGUGUCCUCCCCCUCUCCCUCCGCACCACCCACUUUCCUUCCGCUGCCGCCUCCCAUGCCCCAACAGGCCGGCCCCCUCUCUCUCAACCAAUCAGGGGUGUCCAUCCACCCCCAGAGGCGGCCCUCUCCCUCGCCUCAUUCUCCGCUGCAGGGGAUGUCUCAGGCUCCACCCCAAGGACUGCCAGGCUCCACCCAGUCGCUACCUAGCGCGCUCCACGGCCCACAGCCCCACCCAUCAUCCAUUCCCCACCCACUUCAGGUUGGCCCCUCCCAUAUGCCCCACCCCCACUCCCUCCCCCCCCAGUCUCAGGUCCCGCCCUCCCCACUGCCUCUCGGCCAAUUGCAGCAGCCGCCCCACAGGGUCCACACGCCCCCCAGCCAAUCGUUGUCCCAGGGUGGAUCGUCCAAUCAGCCGCCCCGCGAGCAGCUCCUACCCCAUGCCCCCUCCAUGUCUAUGCCCCACAUCAAGCCCCCUCCCACCACCCCCAUCCCCCACAUGCCCAACCGCGACCCCCAGUCCCACAAACACGGGCCUCCACACCUCUCGGCGCCCCCUUUCCCCCAGAUGCCCUCCAACCUGCCCCCUCCGCCCGCCCUCAAGCCCCUCUCCUCCCUGUCCACUCACCACCCUCCCCCUGCCCACCCUCCUCCCCUCCAGCUCAUGCCCCAGGGCCCAGGCCAGCAGCUCCAGCCUCCACCAGCCCAGCCCCCUGUCCUCACCCAGUCCCAGAGUCUCCCCCUUUCAGAGAGAGAGAGAGGCAACCAGCACCACCCUCCUCCCCCUCCUCUACCUCUCUCCGGACCAUCGCAAUCCUCCCACCCCAACACACCCCAACAGGCCCCGUUCCCUCCUCACCCCUUCAACCCUGUCCUGCCCCCCUCCUCCGCUGGCUGCCCUCCCUCGUCCUCGUCUCUACCACCAGGCCUCCAGCCUCCCUCCUCCUUCUCCAUGCCCCUCACCGCCUCCGUCGCCUGCACAGGUCCCGCCAUUCCGCCUGUACACAUCAAGGAGGAACCUCUCGACGAAUCAGAGGAGCCCGAGAGCCCUCCCCCCCCUCCGCGGAGCCCCUCCCCCGAGCCUACCAUCGUCAACACGCCCAGCCAUGCCAGCCAAUCAGCACGAUUCUACAAGCACCUGGACCGUGGGUACAACACGUGUGCUAGAACAGACUUCUACUUUACUCCUCUGGCUGCUUCUAAACUGGCCAAGAAGAGAGAAGAAGCACUGGAGCGGGUCAAGAGAGAGGCCGAGCAGAAAGCCCGGGAGGAGAAGGAGAAGGAGAGGGAGAAGGAACGAGAGAGGGAACGGGAAAGAGAGAAGGAACAGGAGAGAGCUGCGAAAGCCUCCAGUUCGUGUCAUGAUGGCCGUAUGGGUGACCCCCAAAUGGGUGGCUCCGCCCACAUGCGUCCUCCCUUUGACGGCCCCCCUACCUCCAUCGCCGCUGUGCCCCCCUACAUCGGGCCUGACACGCCUGCCCUUCGCACCCUCAGCGAGUACGCCCGCCCCCACGUCAUGUCCCCGACCAAUAGGAACCACCCCUUCUUCGUCUCCCUCAACCCCAACGACCCCCUGAUGGCCUAUCACAUGCCUGGCCUCUACAACGCCGACCCGGGCAUGCGGGAGCGCGAGCUGCGAGAGCGGGAGAUGAGGGAGAGAGAGAUGAGGGAGAGGGAGCUGAGAGAGAGGAUGAAGCCUGGGUUCGAACACAAACCCCCAGAGCUAGAAGGCAUGCACCCUUCGGCUAACCCCAUGGAGCACUUCGCCCGACACGGGGCCAUCUCCUUACCAUCCAUGGCGGGACCGCACCCCUUCGCCUCCUUCCACCCAGGUCUCAACCCCCUGGAGAGAGAGCGUUUGGCGUUGGCCGCGGGACCUCAGCUCAGACCAGACAUGAGCUACCCGGAGCGGCUGGCGGCGGAGAGGCUGCACGCCGAGAGGAUGGCGGCGGUGGCCAACGACCCAAUCGCCAGGCUUCAGAUGUUCAACAUCACACCUCAUCAUCACCAGCACUCCCACAUCCACUCACACCUGCACCUUCACCAGCAGGACUCCCUGCACCAAGGCGGUGGUGAAUGUCUUGUGUGCCCUCCAGGUUCGGGGGGGCACCCCCUCGUAGACCCCCUGGCAGGAGGCCCCCACCUUGCCCGCUUCCCCUACCCGCACGGCGCAAUCCCCAAUUCCCUCCUGGGACAGAAUCCACACGAACAUGAGAUGCUGCGACACCCCGUCUUCGGUACUCCGUACCCCCGGGACCUUCCUCCCCAGAUGUCCGCAGCCCACCAGCUCCAGGCCAUGCAUGCACAGUCUGCAGAGCUGCAGCGGCUAGCUAUGGAACAGCAGUGGCUGCAUGGACAUCACCACAUGCACGGUGGUCCACUUCCUGGACAAGAGGACUAUUACAGCCGCCUGAAGAAGGAAAGCGACAAGCAACUGUAACUGACCAAUGGGGAUGCAGAGACACGCAGGAAGUUGCCUAGGACACAAGAAGUACACAUGCAAGAACAGGAAGUAGUUACAGAACAGUCAGUCAAUCAAAGGAACCCAGCCUCCGCUUCUCCAAAACACAAUUCUCCUUACAAAAACAACAGAAGCUGAAGAAAGAGGAUCGUUCUAUCGUCUGUUUUCUUUCCCUGUCCGUUGGGGGGGGGUUAUUUUUCCCCAAAAAACAUUGAGAAAGACUUUGUUUGGUGUAACUAUAGCCUUUAAGUAGUGACAACGACCUCGAGACUGCAUGAAAACUACUGUAAAGCUUCCACAACGUGUUUUGUAGGUGGUAGAAAUGCAAGACACUUUGUCACUGUGCUAGUCGACGGAAGAAGACGAAGACAAGGAAGCAACGUUCCAGACAUUAUAGCCACGGAAAGAUUCAGAACAAAGUGCUAUCUUAUUUUAAUACAUUGUUGGAGGUUUUCAUCAUUUUUACGAAAAGCUGCAGCAUGGUGUUUUUGAGUCUGUAAAUAGUAUAUCUAUAUAUAUAUACAUACAUAUAUAUAUAUAUACAUAUCAUUAUUAUUAUUGUUACUAGGCGUGGACUCGGAACCAAGUCAUUUAUAAACCUCCAAUAUGUUACUGUGUUCUGAAGCAUUAUUCCAUGUUUUAACAGGAGGGGGGGGGGGGGCAGACGAUGGUCCCAGUCCUGAUAAACCUUAGAGAGAGCGGUAUAGUCCCAGUCCUGAUUAACCUUAGAGAGAGCGGUAUAGUCCCAGUCCUGAUAAACCUUAGAGAGAGCGGUAUAGUCCCAGUCCUAAUUAACCUUAGAGAGAGCGGUAUAGUCCCAGUCCUAAUUAACCUUAGAGAGAGCGGUAUGGUCCCAGUCCUGAUUAACCUUAGAGAGAGCGGUAUAGUCCCAGUCCUGAUUAACCUUAGAGAGAGCGGUAUAGUCCCAGUCCUGAUAAACCUUAGAGAGAGUGGUAUAGUCCCAGUCCUGAUUAACCUUAGAGAGAGCGGUAUAGUCCCAGUCCUGAUAAACCUUAGAGAGAGUGGUAUAGUCCCAGUCCUAAUUAACCUUAGAGAGAGCGGUAUAGUCCCAGUCCUGAUAAACCUUAGAGAGAGCGGUAUAGUCCCAGUCCUGAUUAACCUUAGAGAGAGCGGUAUAGUCCCAGUCCUGAUAAACCUUAGAGAGAGUGGUAUAGUCCCAGUCCUGAUUAACCUUAGAGAGAGCGGUAUAGUCCCAGUCCUGAUAAACCUUAGAGAGAGUGGUAUAGUCCCAGUCCUGAUAAACCUUAGAGAGAGCGGUAUAGUCCCAGUCCUGAUUAACCUUAGAGAGAGCGGUAUAGUCCCAGUCCUGAUAAACCUUAGAGAGAGCGGUAUAGUCCCAGUCCUGAUAAACCUUAGAGAGAGCGGUAUAGUCCCAGUCCUGAUAAACCUUAGAGAGAGCGGUAUAGUCCCAGUCCUGAUAAACCUUAGAGAGAGCGGUAUAGUCCCAGUCCUGAUUAACCUUAGAGAGAGCGGUAUAGUCCCAGUCCUGAUUAACCUUAGAGAGAGCGGUAUAGUCCCAGUCCUGAUAAACCUUAGAGAGAGCGGUAUAGUGCCAGUCCUGAUUAACCUUAGAGAGAGCGGUAUAGUCCCAGUCCUGAUAAACCUUAGAGAGAGCGGUAUAGUCCCAGACACCUAUCAUCAUACACCCCUUAACAAGCACCUUAUUGGCUAACAGAAUGCCUGAACUCAUUGUGUUGUUGAGGUAAUGAUUUGACACACUUGAAGAGGAGUCACUGAGUCAUCUAUGGAUCAGCAUACUCUCCUGUCCUGCCCUGCCCUGCCCUCUCCUGUCCAGUCCUGCCCUCUCCUGUCCUGCCCUGUCCUCUCCUGUCCUGUCCAGCCCUGUCCUGCCCUGCCCUGGCCUGCCCUCUCCUGUCCUGUCCAGCGCUCUCCUGUCCUCUCCUUUCCUGCCCUGUCCUGCCCUGCCCUCUCCUGUCCUGUCCUGCCCUCUCCUCUCCUGCCCUCUCCUCUCCUCUCCUGUCCUGUCCUGCCCUGUAGUUUACAAGCCCCUGACGCAGACACCAUCUAAAGCACUCAAAAGAAGACUGGAUUGAAUCCUUCAGAGCUUUUAAUUGGUUUUGACACUCGAAUUCAGUAUUGACUCAAUAAAAUGAAGAUUUUUUUUGUUGUUGAAGAUUA